CGGUCGGGCCAGGCUGAGAGGCCCGGCUGCUGACGAGGGCGGGACGAGGUGGCCCGUUUGGGUUCGCGGCGCCCAAUAGGAGCGCUCGGCCCGGCGGAGGGCGUCGACCCCCCUCCCCCCCCGAAGCCGGCGGCGGUUGGGGUGGCGAUGAGACUGGCCGUCGCUUCAGCUCGGAGCCGGAACCGGGGAGGUGUCGCGGCGGAGGCCGGUGCGGGGAAGGGGGAGGCAGGCCUCGAACCCGGUCCGGGGGACGGAAUUGAGCCCGGGGAUUCGGCGCCCGCUAGAGUCCAAUGGAGGCCGCCGGCGGAGAGGGGGAGCCGGAGGCGCUGACCUGCUUCUCCUACAACCAGGACUGCACAUCUUUGGCCAUUGGAACCAAAACUGGAUACAGACUGUUUUCCUUGAGUUCUGUGGAGCAGCUGGAUCAAGUACAUGAAAGCAAUGAAAUCCCAGAUGUUUACAUUGUAGAGCGCCUCUUCUCUAGCAGCCUGGUAGUGGUGGUGAGUCACACAAAGCCACGGCAAAUGAAUGUUUACCAUUUCAAGAAAGGGACAGAAAUCUGUAACUACAGUUAUUCUAGCAAUAUCCUCUCCAUUCGGCUCAAUCGGCAGAGACUAAUUGUUUGCCUGGAGGAAUCUAUUUAUAUUCACAACAUUAAGGACAUGAAGCUUCUGAAAACGAUCCUGGACACCCCCCCAAACACAACAGGUUUGUGCGCCCUUUCUAUCAACCAUUCCAAUUCGUACUUGGCAUACCCCGGUAGUGUGACUGUUGGCGAGAUUGUUUUGUACGACGGGAACAAUUUGAGAGAUGUGUGCUCGAUUUCUGCCCAUGACGGCCCCCUUGCUGCCCUCGCUUUCAACUCCAUGGGAUCAAAGCUAGCAAGUGCUUCGGAAAAGGGAACUGUCAUCCGCGUGUUUUCCGUCCCUGAAGGACAAAAGCUCUAUGAAUUCAGAAGAGGAAUGAAAAGAUAUGUGAACAUCAGCUCUCUUGUUUUCAGUAUGGACUCACAAUUUUUGUGUGCAUCAAGCAACACUGAGACUGUGCACAUCUUUAAACUGGAACAUCUCACAGACAGCCGUCCAGAAGAAGCUGCCUCCUGGAGUGGCUACAUGGGCAAGAUGUUCAUGGCUGCCACCAACUACCUCCCUUCUCAAGUCUCCGGAAUGAUGAGCCAGGACCGGGCCUUUGCCACCGUGCGUUUGAACAUCUCUGGGCAAAGGAAUAUCUGUGUGCUCUCCACGAUACAAAAGCUGCCUCGGCUCUUGGUUACAACAUCUGAUGGGCACCUUUACUUCUACAACCUGGACCCUCAAGAUGGAGGAGAGUGUGUUUUAAUCAAGAAACACAGCUUGCUUGAUGUGGGAAGGACAGAAGACGACAAAGAAAAUGAUCUCCAGCCUUCACUUCCUCAGACGUAUGCGGCAACGGUAGCCAGACAGAGUACAGUGCCUUUGCCCCCUAUGAUGCCAGGUUACUCAGAAGAUGGAGGAGCCCUUCGGGGAGAGAUUAUACCCGAGCAUGAAUUUGCCACUGGGCCCGUGUGUCUGGAUGACGAAAAUGAAUUUCCACCUGUACACCUGGUGAGGACAGAUGUUGCUGCUCCCACACUCUGGAACUCCUUCCCACAGGAGGCCAGGCUUCUCCCAUCUUUGCUGUCCUUCCACAAGCAGACAAAGACCUUUAUCUUCAGGCAGGCUUUCCCUGAGUGACUUGCUGUCUAAAAG